GCAUAUAAAGAGAAGAAAACAGGCAGCAAUCAACGACGCUGGGAGUAUACCGCAAAUCACAUUCAAAACCACCAGACCCUGAAUUUCAAACCACCUUGUUAGAAUAUCGCUGAAUUUGUCCUUUUUUUUUUGCAAAAUGCUGGCGGCUGUCUGGUAAUCAUGCUGUUGUUGGUAUUGUAGAAGUGUGGAGAUUAUGUAGCACUCGUUUGGUUUCGCCAAGGAUAUGCUAGCUGCAUGUAGGGUGUAGGUUAUAUACCUUGAAUGGGAUCUAUAAGAGAACAGGAUAUACUACAUAACUAUGCUGCGAUUGUUAAUACCGGAUACUGGAGUCCUUCAGCUGUAACCCAUUCAUCGCUUUCAUCAUAGCCGUCGUCAUCGUCAGUUUCAUUGUCGCCUUUACCGGGUUGAUCAUCCUCUCAUGAUCCCCCUUCCCUUCAUCUACAAUCCCCCCAUCCUCAUCAUCAUCUACAUCAUCUUCGUCUUCAUUCCAUGGCCAUUUAUCUUAGAUAUCAUUGACGUUCUCAUCUCCACCUUCGUCAUCAUUGUUACCAUCAUCAAUAUCAUGUCAGGUUUGAGGACGUCAUCCGAAAAUCCGCUGCCUUUGGCGGAGAUGGGCAGCGCCACCAACGGUCCGAGCCCAGAGGCAAUUCAGCAGCUUUUCGAUGCUUGCGACCUGGAUGGUAAUGGAUACAUUGAAUGGGAAGAGUUGGAGGUGGUCUGCGAAAAUUUGGACAGGGAUGAACUCGAACACAUAUUUGAGGCAUUAGAUGGAGAUGGCGACGGACGGAUCAGUAUAACAGAUUUCACUGAAGGCUUUCACAGCGUCAGCGAGGCACUCCUUUCAGUCAGCCGUCGUAGGAGGCGUCAGCAGUAUUUGGAGGAUUGUGACAGUGAAGAGUUCGAGGUGUUUUUGCAGCAAUUGGGACCUGACCUUGACCUUGUAUCGUGCCAAGAUCAAAUUUGUGAAUUAUACCAGCAGCUCCAUUCGUCAGAGGUGCCUCAAAUCCUCCGCCAAUAUGAGGCCGUCAUCUAUGACGUCAUAAAAGAUCUCAGGCAGUACCAAUCAGGGGUCGAUAGGUUAGAGAAGUCAUUGAAAAGGACAAAUGAAACCAACACUGAACAUCUCCAGCAGCUGGAGUAUGAAAUGGAGGUUCAGAUGACGAGAACGGAGGAGAGGGUCAGAAAAGAGGAAAGGGAACGGAUAGAAUCGGAAAAAGCCGAGAUUCAAAAGCAGCUUGAAGCAGAGAUUCGGGAGUUAAAGAGUAACCUCAAUCAAAUACACACAGCCGAAGACAAAGCAGAGAGGAUAGACACAUCUCGGGAAGACCUGCUCCACUCCCUCAAGAAGGACCUGGACCAGUUAAGGAGUGAGAACAGGAGCCUAAGAAGUAGUCUAACUGAGGCCCAGACCAACAUCGUCCUGUCCAGAAGUGAGCUGGUCACACUGAAAAGCGACUUCGACGAACAGAAUGGAUUCAUAUCAAAUAACCGUGACGUCAUACAGGAUUACAUCGGAGAACAGGACAAUCUUACCAGGCAACUCCAAUUAUUACAUGAGGCUAACAAGAAACUCCAGGAUACGAAUGAUGAUCUCAGAUCUGCAUUGGAAAAUGUGUCGAGAACGUCUCGCAUGUCGCCUCGUACAACACGUCUCCUAAGCUCAGCUUCGUUCAUGGAUGAUUACGUAGGUGAUGACGUCAUUGUGGACCCGUCGAGACAGCGUAAAUCGUACGCAUCUCAGGGCUCUUACGACGGCUCGGAGAUGCACGUGACUGGUGGGAGACGCCAUUUUGCUUACCAGACUACAGACGGUGAUAAUUAUCCUGAUGAUGGAGCUCUCAUACAAAAAUCAGGAGCAAGAAAACUUCUUGAGGAAUUUCUAGACUCUGGAAACUCCACUCUCCGAGACCCCAAUGAGCUCGACUCAGAAACAGAAGAAGAGUUGAGAAGAGCGCCACCAUUGAAGGAAGAAAUAGCAGUGUCCAUGAAACAAGAAAUGAAAGACGCGCAACGCCAGGGCUCACACCAUCACAUGUCACACGCUACGUCAUCACAACAUUCAACCAAUAGCAGAGGAGCAACGAGCAUAGGCCGCCAGGCGUCACAGCCAAUCAGAGACACGCGUUCCUUGUCACGUGGUAGUUCCCCACGGUCCAGUGGAGGCGGUUCGAGAAAGCGCGCUCUUCCGCAACUACCACAACAGCCGCUGUCCCCGACACCGACAGCCCAUCCAGAGCGGAUGUAUAAGAUCGUCUUAGCCGGAGAUGCGGCGGUGGGCAAGUCGAGUUUCAUCAUGAGAUUGUGUAAGGGAAUCUUCCAUAGCAACCUCAACUCCACGUUAGGCGUCGACUUUCAAAUGAAGACAAUCGACGUGGAUGACCGAGUCACCUCGUUACAGCUAUGGGACACUGCCGGGCAGGAAAGGUUUCGAAGUAUUGCUAAAUCUUACUUCAGACGGGCUGAUGGAGUACUGCUUCUCUACGACUGCACUUGCGAGAGAUCCUUUAUCAACGUGCGGGACUGGAUCGAGGCAAUUGAGGAGAGUUCACACAAGCCUGUUCCAGUCAUGAUAUGCGCUAACAAGUUGGAUGCUAGGCCAUUAGCCAUCGCAGAGGGCGUGCGUUGUGUACGAACAGAAGACGGACAGAGGCUUGCAACGUCUUUCAAUGCUCUUUUUAUUGAGACGAGUGCUAAGGAGGGAUCGAACGUUGAAGAUGCAGUAAUCGAGUUGACAAGACAACUUCACAAGAGAGAGGAUUUGGAGGUAAGCUCGAGUGGAAUAACACUCAAUACAGAAACACCAGCGAAGAAGAAGGAAACGGGGUGUUGUGACUUUUAAUCGUAUAUCUCUCCGUUUAGAAGCACGUGUACGAAACUUGCCGAGACAACCCAAUAUAUGUCGAAUGUAGCCGAUGUGUUUAGAAGAUGGUAGAGACCCCUUGGCAAAACUUCCCGAGACUAUCCGAAAUAUGUCGAAUAUAGCCGAUAGUUUUAUAUAUAGGCCUAUACUGCAGACACCCAUGUGAUGAAACUUCCCGAAACAUCCUGAAACUUGUCGAAUGCAGUUGAGACAUUCAAGAGUGGCCUGAAACUUCCGACCUUAAACUUGUCGAAUACAGCAAAGCCCUUGAAAAACAUCCGACGUGCCGAAACUUCCCGAGAUGACCUAAGACAUUUCGAAUACAGCCGAGUUAUGGGAAAAAUUUCCGACGUGGCGAAACUUCCCGAGGUGACCUGAGACUUGUCGAAUACAGCCGAGUCCUUGGAAAAUCUCCGACUUGGCGAUACUUGCCGAGACUGCCCGAAACAUUUUUCUAAAUACAACUGAGGCCUUGAACAGUAACCCACGUGUUUGACACGUCACAUGGACUUGGAUGUAUGUAUUUUUAAAAUCAUUAAGCGAAAUUACAAUUGUCAUAAUUUUGAUAUUCCUUGUAAGGUUGCAUAUCUACUAUUUUUGAAUCACUUCAGCAUCAUGGUUUAAACAAAUAUUCACCUAAGCGUAUGUUGAUAGGCGUCCUGUAUUUAUAGCUGUAAAUCACUUUCCUUUGCGUUUUACUUCAUGUAAAGCUUUUUUAAGCAUUAUAUUUUUAGCUGACUAUGUUUGUAUUUAGUGCUUGUGUAUUUUACUUGCCCUUGUAUAUUACAUUCCAUUUUUAGUAUGGUUAUAGGCGGUGCAAUAAGCUGGUAAACGCGUUGGGUUGCUUGACAUUAAUAUGAAGUGCAGCAUUAUAGAGCUAGAAAAUACUUAUUCAAAUCCUUUUAACCAUCCGCUUUUAUACAUAAGACAAAGCUUUUAGGCCGUGGUAUCAGAAACUAUAUUUAAAAGGGCGGGUGUUUUAAAAACGCAAGGCAAUUUUCAUUAGUUAUAUGGACUGAUACUUCGACAUGAACUAUACAUUUCAAAUUCAAUGAAUUGUGAAUUGUUUGCAGAAAACUUAGUCUUUAGGGCAACGAUGAAUACAGAUUAAUAUCAUUUUCUUGCUUUAGAUUUAGUGGGUCUUGGGCCUUAAAUUGGUAAUAAGUCCUAUAAAAUUGUAUUUAUUUGUUAUUUUUUAAUAUUUGUGUAAAUGUUAUUGUUUGCCAGGUGGUGUGUUAUUUUAUUCUCGCCUCAGUAUCUGUACAGUCAACCAAUACCUAUUGCUGAAUAUCUGCUUCCACUUUUAUUUUGUUUUGUUAUCACGUAUUAUCUUCUCUAAAGCUAAAGAUGU